GACAAGGACAAGCCGCGGCUAACCGAGCAAGAGAAGAAGAACAACCACAUCGCGUCGGAGCAGAAGCGCCGCGCCGCCAUCCGUGAGGGUUUUGAUCGUCUGACCGAGCUCGUGCCCGGCCUGGAGGGCCAGGGUCGCAGCGAGAGCAUCGUGCUGAAGAAGACGGUCGACUUCAUCCACCUGCAGCUGCAGGAGCGGCACGAGCUGAUCGCGGAGAUCGAACGCCGGGGCGGUCGCAUUGACGACACCUUCCGGACA